UGUUGCCCGUGUGCGCCUGAGCGUUGAAUUCUAGUUGGUUUACCGCCAACCAUGCAAAUGACUGCAAUGAAAAUGCUACAAUCGGCGAGUAAAACUGAACGAGUGACCGCCGUGUUGUGUGUGCUCUCACGGAAACGAAUGCUACAGUUCAGCAGCACGACGCCUCUGAUGCACACUUUCGCGCAAAACACCGUCCAGUAUAAUCCCGGGCACACGUGAUCAGCAAAUCGCCGCCGUAACAAUAUUUCUCAUCUGCAGCAGCAGCAACAACAACAAAAAAAUCUUAGCUUGUUUUUGUCCGAAAAGACAUAGCUAAUCCAACAGCAGUUGUGUUGCUACAUUUUGAUAGUAUCUUCUCUCAUCUCAACGUCUGCAGAGGCCGAGCGCUCGCGCACCUGUCAACUUUCUCCCCUCGCGCUGGUUUGGUGGAAUACACAAAAGCGCAGUUGAUAGAGCGGAGAGGUCCGAAUUAAUGGGCUUGCGGUUUGUUUGGAUUUCUUCACUACCCUCUGCCUGUCGCACACACUUGCGCUGCCAGUUCAAAGUGUCUCGUUUUCAACCGCCUCCCACAGCCGCCUUGGAGCCAAACCUUGCAGGAGGAGGCAUAAUAUUGAAAAGGAUCAAAUGUCGAAGAAACGGAAAAGUCCUGAUGAUGAAGGAGGCUUCGCAAACGCCGAGGGCUCUCCGCGCGCGGGCGCAAGUGAACAAGGUCUGACGGAUGAGAAGGUCAAGGCCUACCUUUCACUGCACCCGCAGAUGCUGGAAGAGUUUGUGUCGGAGAGUGUGAGCGCCGAGACCAUCAGCCGAUGGCUCCAGAGGAAGAACAGCACCAGGCUAGUCGAUGAAUCAUCCACAAAAGAAGUCAGCAGGCAGUACCAGGACAGCAAUAUGCAGGGCGUGGUGUAUGAACUCAACAGCUACAUGGAGCAGCGGCUGGACACUGGAGGGGACAACAAGCUCCUACUCUACGAAUUGUGCAACAUCAUCAAAACUGCCACGAAAGCCGAUGGAUUUGCACUUUACUUUCUGGGAGAAUGCAACAAUAGUUUAUGUUUGUUCACCCCGACGGGGGCAAAGGAGGGGCUUCCAGGGCUCAUCCCCUCUGGCCCCAUCGCAUUCGGCACGACCAUCGCCGCUCACGUUGCCAAGACACGCAAGACACUGCUGGUGGAGGACAUAAUGGGGGACGAACGGUUCCCCCACGGCACAGGGCAGGACUCAGGGAGCCAUGUGCACUCUGUUCUGUGUUUACCCAUCCUCACCGCCAUUGGAGAUCUCAUCGCCAUCCUGGAGCUGCACCGGCAGUGGGGCAAGGAUCCCUUCAACCUCAGCCACCAGGAGGUUGCAACAGCAAAUUUAGCUUGGGCUUCUGUGGCUAUUCACCAAGUGCAGGUAUGCAGAGGCCUGGCCAAACAGACUGAGCUCAAUGACUUCCUGCUGGACGUGUCAAAAACAUACUUCGAUAACAUUGUGGCAAUAGAUUCCCUACUUGAACAUAUUAUGAUAUAUGCAAAAAACCUGGUGAAUGCAGACCGAUGCGCGCUCUUCCAGGUGGAUCACAAUAACAAAGAACUGUACUCAGAUCUCUUUGACAUCGGGGAGGAAAAUGAAGGGAAACCAGUCUUUAGGAAGACCAAAGAAAUUAGGUUUUCUAUAGAAAAAGGAAUAGCGGGCCAAGUGGCGAGAACAGGAGAGGUUCUGAAUAUUCCAGACGCCUAUGCAGACCCUCGCUUCAACAGAGAUGUGGACCUCUACACUGGCUACACCACCCGGAACAUUCUAUGCAUGCCUAUCGUGAGCCGGGGCACUGUAAUAGGUGUCGUACAGAUGGUGAACAAACUCAACGGAAGUGCCUUCACUAAAACCGACGAGAACAACUUUAAAAUGUUUGCUGUCUUUUGUGCACUGGCCUUACACUGUGCAAAUAUGUAUCACCGGAUCAGACAUUCGGAGUGCAUCUACAGAGUGACGAUGGAGAAGCUCUCGUACCACAGCAUCUGCACCUCGGAGGAGUGGAAGACGCUCACGCAGCUGUCCCUGCCGGCACCCAUGUACAAGGAGAUUGAGAUGUUCCACUUUGACAUCAGUCCCUUCGAGGAACUCUGGCCAGCUGUCUUCGUGUACAUGGUUCACAGCUCCUGCGGGAAGAACAGCUUUGAGCUGGAGAAGCUGUGUCGCUUCACCAUGUCGGUGCGGAAGAACUACCGGCGUGUUCCCUACCACAACUGGAAGCACGCGGUGACGGUGGCACACUGCAUGUACGCCAUCCUGCAGAAGAACUCCGGAAUCUUCACUGAGCUAGAGAGGAAGGGUCUGCUGGUGGCCUGUCUGUGUCACGACCUGGACCACAGGGGCUACAGUAACAGCUAUCUGCAGAAGUUUGACCACCCACUGGCUGCCCUGUACUCCACAUCCACAAUGGAGCAGCACCACUUCUCCCAGACUGUGUCCAUCCUGCAGCUGGAAGGGCACAAUAUUUUCUCCAACCUCACCUCCAGUGAGUACGAGCAGGUGCUGGAGAUCAUCCGCAAAGCCAUCAUCGCUACCGACCUGGCCCUGUACUUCGGCAACCGCAAGCAGCUGGUGGAGCUGCUGACCACAGGAGCACUGGACUUCAACAAUCACGCGCACAGGGACCGUGUGAUUGGUCUGAUGAUGACAGCGUGUGACCUCUGCUCCGUCACUAAGCUGUGGCCAGUCACACGACUCACAGCUAAUGACAUCUAUGCUGAAUUCUGGGCUGAGGGGGAUGAGAUGAAGAAGAUUGGCAUACAGCCUAUUCCAAUGAUGGACCGGGACAAGAAAAAUGAGGUGCCCCAAGGACAGGUGGGCUUCUAUAAUGCCGUGGCGAUCCCCUGCUAUACCACCCUUUCUGAGCUCUUUCCCCCGUCCACGCCCCUCCUCCAUGCCUGCAGGGAAAACCUCAGCCAAUGGGAGAGGAUUGUGAGAGGAGAGGAAACGACGUGGGCUCCGCCCGAGACCCCAGAGUCCAGCGAGACCGCAGACACUGGCCCUGUGAAGGUGGACAACUGA